UCGCAAACGCUCACCGAAACGCUCACCGAAACGCCAGUAAAUCUUGGAAUGGUCAAAUUGGGGUGGAGAAGGGGUAUUCGGACGGUUAGAAAGUCAUCGGUCAAGAAGGUCUGAAGUAGUCGGUGAAGAAAGUCAGAAGGAGUUCGACUUUCUGUGCCAGUGCUCUGGGUUCUUUCGCUGUCGGCCCUCCCAGAAGUCCCAGCCCACCCGAGUGUACAACGAACGUGUACUUGCUUGACCCUUUCGGGUCCUUGGGCAACGGUCGAUGUAGCUUCUCCCCUCCAUAUUCGCGCUCGCGCUUCGUGCACAGUCCGCAUUUGCGCCCACCGUGCACCCUCCUACUCUAGCCCUACCUGCAUGCAUGGUCACGGUGAAGCCCGAGAGUGUCGUUAUCUCCACCGGCCCUCACAUUUUCUUCGGUCAGGAGCAUCUGGUCCAGAUCGCGUGAAAGUCUUGACAAGAUCGUCGUUGUCCCCUCGAUCGGUGGUUUCCUCAUAGCCAUGCCCACUGCCUUGUUUGUCACCCAGACCAAUACGUUGACCACCAUAAAGCUCGCCAUCUACCGCAGCACUAUCAAGACCUACGGCCCCUUCUCCGUCGAUGACGUCCUCCUGCUCGCUACCGACACUUACUCAUCUUCACCCUCGUCGCUCUCACUCACGUGGCUCCUCUCCAACCCCCGCCCUCACCUCCUGAACUUCCUGAAAGGAUAUCAGCCUGUCCGGCUCGCGAUCAGCAACGGCGACGACGCUAAGCGCCCGUCGAGGCGUACCAACACUCUCGCCGGCACCCUCCCUCGUCUCCUCGACUUGAAGGCCUUCAACUACGUCGAUAAGUGCACCGAGAUCACUUACUGCAAGUAUUCGUCCGGCAAGCUUAGGCGGGCCACCAAGAGUAUGACCGGUGUCAUCAACGAGCUUUGUUCUCGUAAUAAGACCGAGGGGCAGGAGGACCAGCUCGUGCACGCCGUCGAGGAGUUCUCUAUCAGUGGUUUCUGUACUUUUACCGUCGCCUGCGAGGAUGUCAACGGUGAAGAUUAG